CACUUAUUGUGUUGGUUUCAGUUAUUGGGCGGGAGGGCGUGUCUUCUAAACAGAGUACAGCUGCUGAUGUGCUGUGUACUGUAGUUGGUGGUGAAGCAGUCUGAAGUAUAAGAGAAAUGUCGAGAGGAAGACAAAAUCAACGCUUGAAGAAACUGAUCAUCCUUCGAGGUUUGCCAGGAGUUGGAAAGACAAGCACGGCAGAAAUGCUCUGUGAUGAAUAUGCAAGACCUGAAGUGGAAAGAGGAAUUUUCUCCACUGACAGGUACCAUAAAAGGUCCAACUACAACAGGAAAUACUUUCAACGCAACCAUCAGCGGAAUAGAGAGGAUGUUUUUAAAGCCUUGAACAGAGGAGUGGAUCCGAUCAUCGUUGACAACACAAACAUUUCUCUUUGGGAGAUGUGGCCCUAUAUCCACAUGGGGAUGCGACAGGGUGACUAUGACAUCACUAUGAUGGAGCUGCCUAAAGGCUAUCCUCAGCACAAAAUCUCCAUCAAUAAGCUGUACAGAUGGUGUCAUGGUAACAUCCCCAAGCGUACGUUCAGGUACUUUGAGGCUCGCUGGGAAAAAGCUUACAACAUCAAGCAUGUACUUAACGACAGCUACUCCAUAAACCGCUGGGAGAGAAGCAAAGAAAAAUGGAAUGUCCAGUGAUGAAGACAUGCUGGCCUUCUCCCCCCCAAAGUCCACAAGUCCAGAACAAAUUCAUAAAAACCUACAGUAUUAUAUAGAGCCCUUAUUGCAUGGAACUUCCUUCCAUCUCAUAUUGCUCAAAUAAACAGCAAACCUGGUU